UCUCCGCGCCUGCGCCCCAGCGGCCACGUGGGGGAGGCGGGCCGGGCUACCUUUCCGAGCGGAUCGGGGUCCCCUCCUGGCGGCUGCCCAGGCCGGGCUGAUGGGCAAGAGCAAAGCCAAGCGGUUCGGGCGGCCGCCCUUCUCGCCGGCCGGGGCUCCGAAGCCGCUCCGAAGCGGCGAGGCCGAAGGAGGGGAGGCGGCCGCGGCGGCGGAGCUGCUGGAGAAGCUGCAAGACCCUAGUGCCGAUGUGAGAGAAUUUGCUUGUGCCAGCAUUUCCAAACUCCUGCAACAGAAGCAGACAAUCCCGGCCUUUGUCCAAAGAGAUGUCGUCCGAUGUUUGGGGCCCAUGCUGCUCGAUCAGAGCCUGGCGGUCCGAGAGACGGCUACGGGAGCCCUUCGCAAUCUCAGCGCCUGCGGAGGGUUUGACGUUUGUGACGACAUGGUUACGAAAGAUGUCAUGACGCCCCUCGUAGCUCUACUGAAGCAGUGCCAGUCAGGGCUGGAGGAGAGCAACGGCUCUGUGAAAGGCACCAAAGACACAAACAAGAAUUAUACUGAAGACAUAGCCAAUGAGGCCGUGAACUUGUUGUGGAAUGUGUGCGAAAGCAACAGCACAGCCGUCUCCAUCUUCAACAGAGAAGGAUGCCUGCCUGUCGUGCUCCAGUAUUUGAAGAGAUUUCAGACAAAUGUGGACCUGGCUGUGGCAGUGGCAUCUUGCUUGCAGGCCGUGACAGAAGAUAACCCAGAUCUGCUUUCGGCCUUUGACUCUUCCGCACACCAAUUGCUGGAAAUGGCUAUGGUAUCAUCAGGCAAAACUGUGGAGCACAUUCUCCUACGGACGCUCGUGGCAGGCAUAAUUUGGAACAUAAAGAGCACAGUACCCUCCGGGAGCCAAGCAGGCACCGUUAACGCUAUCCUGAAGACCCUGUCAGAAUGCUUAGAACCGGACGCCGGCGAGGCAGUGAUUCGGUUGAAGGAGGAGGAAACCGAACGAUUGAAAACUUCACCGGAGCUGGGAGUGGAGGGCAGCGUGGAUGACAGGGGCAGCUCGGAAGUAAAUGAGGAUGAAGCGAUGGAAGAAACGCCUCCAAAAAACACUAAAGGAAACAAUGAUAUUUCGGAUCUACUCCCACGCAGUAAGCAGGAGCUGAAACAGGCAACUUCUUUACUCCUGGCUCAACAGACGGCUCUGGAAAUCAUCGUGAAUAUGUGCUGUAGUGAGGAGCCCUCCGACGAUGAGUGGGAAGAACUAUCCAGUAGUGACGAAAGUGAUGCCUUCUUGGAAAAUUCCUACGAAGAAGGCGGGAAGCUAAUGUCCCCUCUUUGCCUUUCCGCUGAGGUUCACACGGCUCUCAUGAACCACCUGGUUCCAAAGAAGAUACUUGAAAAAACGGCCUUCCCCAACAGUACUGCUGUUGACAUCUGUACACAAAGUCCGGCCUGGAAGCCACUUAUUAAAAAGUAGGAAUUGUUCCCUUUCACGGCGUGUGUAGGUUUGCUAAAACUGAACACCCACCCCACCCUCUGAUGCCUUUCUUGGAGCUCUCA